UUUCUUGCUCCGAGUCCCCUCCAAUCUGUGCUACACUCUUUGUGUUGUCAUCCGAACCGGGAAUUGUCUGUGCUUCAGGAACAGUUUACUCUUACUAUCAGCAGAAAUGGCCCCCAAGAAGGACGUUAAGGCUCCCGCCGCCGCCGCCAAGAAGGCCGAACCUGCAAAGGCAGCUGCACCUGCACCAGAGCCUGCACCCGCUCCUCCAGCGCCUGCAGCUGUCGACCUGUCCGCUGUCAAGGUGGAAUUCAGUCCAGACCAGAUUGAGGACUACAGGGAGGCCUUUGGUCUGUUCGACAGGGUGGGUGACAACAAGGUGGCUUACAACCAGAUCGCCGACAUCAUGCGCGCUCUGGGACAGAACCCCACCAACAAGGAGGUUAGCAAACUGCUGGGAACCCCCUCUGCUGACGACAUGACGGCCAAGAGAGUAGACUUUGAGGGCUUCCUGCCCAUGCUCCAGUCCAUCAUCAACAACCCAAACAAGGCAGGAUACGAUGACUACGUUGAGGGUCUGCGCGUCUUUGACAAGGAGGGCAACGGCACAGUGAUGGGUGCUGAGCUGCGUAUUGUUCUGUCAACACUGGGAGAGAAGAUGACUGAGGUUGAGAUUGACGCUCUCAUGUCAGGACAGGAGGAUGAGAACGGCUGUGUCAACUAUGAGGCCUUUGUCAAGCACAUCAUGUCUGUGUAAGGACCCUGCCACUGCGGUGGUGAGCAUCGUAUAUGUGCAGACCCCAUGGUGUCGCGACAUCCUCUCGCUGUUUUCUGUAUCACCUCAGGAAGCAGGGGGAACAAAGGACUAUGAGAUGUCAUUUCCUGAAGCCUUUUUUUGUUCUACACCUUUUUUUUCCUUUUGUCCAAACUGGUGCUUUUUUUCCCUCCUCCUCCUCCUCCUCCUCCUCCUUCUGUUCGGGAAGCUGCCCUGAUUUUCCACCAGCUGUUUCAUUUCCUCAUAUUCACCCAAGUCCCCCUGUCUCAUUGAGGAUUUCUAUCAUUACUGGUUCUGAAAGUGGAGCAGUGACGGAUGGGAAGGUGGGAUAAUGAUGACCACCCCCUCCUGCCACUUAUGGUCUGGCUGGCUCUCUAUCAGCCAGUUAAGUGACUGGUUUGGCCCAUGACUGGUCAUGUAAAUGAAUCCACUAUUCACCCAACCCAUCCCUAGGUCUUAACUUAUUGUAUCCUCUGCCACAAUAAACUUUUCACAAACUCCUA